CUUCAGGAAACUUUAGGGGCUUGUUUUGUUGAAGAGAUGUUUCUGGUAGCUCUGAAAGCCAAAGAGGUUUGUGUUUUUAAUUAUAGCAGAGUAGUCAAGUUCACACCUUCAAAGGCUUUCUCUGACAUCUGACAUUUUUCUUGAUGCUCUUGUUGUUGUUUUUUUUCCCCUCUCUCCUUUAAAUGGAUUACUCUUCGCAAAAGAUGUAUUCUGGUAGGCCAAGCCUAGACUAGCAUUUUUUUCAUAUUGUUUAUAUUAAAUCCAGUUCAACUUUAAGCCGCUGGAGACAGUGAGUCUUUGUCAUGGGAUAAUUUUAUUUUCCUAAAGCAACUUCAAGAGCUUGAUUGAACAUUUGGAUGGCAGAUCUGCAUCUUGACUCGAGGCUGUAAGAAAAGAGAAUAAAAUCUGACCUGAUCUCUUAUAGCUAUCAUGGGAAAGGAGCUGGAGAGUCACUUUAAAAGAAAGUACUAGCGGUCCUCGCUAAAGCUCCAAGACAAACCACAAGAAUUCAAAGCAGCACUUGGAGUUUUUCUCUGAAUCAUUGGAUACCAGACGAGCAUGAGGAGCUGUUCCAUUUAUUACCUUACCGGUAAAUACUUAAAACUCGGGGAAGCGUGAUGGAAAGGCUGUGUUUAUAGAUUCCAUACAGAUUCCUAUUAUUGCGAUGGGCUGUAAUAAUGGACUCUUGUAUUGUGCUUGUCAUCACAACAUCCACAGAAAUCUGGCCAAUAUUUAACAUUUGUUUUACCUUAAGUAGCUCAGGCAGGGCGUGAAUUACUGGAAGGAUUUGAACCGUAAACAAACGGUUGGGGGUUUUAGAAAAAAAAGAAAAAAAAAAAAAAGUCGUAGCCUGAGGAGGUUACUAUAGCAACAGUACGCUGCGAUCGAUUUCCGCUUUGGUUUGCGACAAAACAAAACGAAGUACUAGUUUCUCACUUUAUUUUACAAGAAGAGUACACUUUAAAAAGCUUUUAAAAGACAACUGUCGUUUUCCUAACUCUUAAGGACGCUAAAAUACGUUACGUAAGAGGUACCUUAACGAUAAUUACCUUUAGGAAAAACUGAUCUCCUUUAAGUUACUUGGAAUUCACACAUUGAGCUCAAGCAGUGUAUUUUGCGCAAUCUUCUUUUUUGAUUUUUCUUAACCCUAAAUCGUCUACAAGAGUGCGUAAAUUACAUGUCAGGCAGUGUAUGAGGAGGUAAAAGCUCGCAUCUGACAGCAGAGCGGCUCAUUCACCUGGUGAACACAGAGCGCAAGGAGCGCAGCCUACGCACUUUGGGUUUGUCCCAUUGCAAGAGACGCGCUCAGUGCGCGCUCCCCGAGGACAUCCAGCCCAGCGGACCGGGCGUUAUAGAGGAGCGCAUCCAUCCGACCCCUCUCAUCUGUCAAUCAACCAUGUGGUUCAUCAAUCUAACGUUGCUCGUGCUCAAGCUGUCCGUGUCUGCGGAGGGAUUCUCCACGUGCCAGUCCUACAACUUGGACGAUCACAAAUCUAAAAGGAUCGAGGCGGUGCGCGGACAGAUUUUGAGCAAGCUGCGCAUCCGGAGUCCUCCGAAUCCCGAAGCCAGCCCGCCACCGGAGUCGGUACCGGUGGAGGUGAUGUUACUUUAUAACAGUACGAAGGAGCUGCUGAAGGAGCGCGCGCGUCAGGCCGAAGCCGCGUGCGAGCGGGAGAGCAGUGAGGAGGACUAUUAUGCCAAAGAGGUGCAGCGGAUCAAUAUGAUGCCACUGCGCACUGAUACGAACUCAAUCAACCCGGUUCCUCAGAGCCCGUACUUCAGGAUAGUGGGCUUCGACGUCACCAACGUGGAGCGAAAUUCCAGUACUUUGGUCAAAGCAGAAUUUCGCAUCUUCAGAGCGCCAAACCCACAGGCGCGCACCACAGAGCAGCGUGUGGAAAUAUACCAGAUUCUCAAAUCUGACGACGUGACAGCGCCGUCUCAGAGGUACAUCGACUCCAGAACGGUUGAGCCUCGAGCCAAGGGAGCGUGGUUGUCUGUCGACGUCACAGAGACUGUGAAGGAGUGGAUGGCGUUUAGAGAGAGAAAUCUCGGCCUCAAGAUCAGUGUUCACUGUCCCUGCUGUACAUUCGUCCCUUCCACAAACAAUAUCGUUCCUAACAAGAGUGAAGAGUUGGAAGCCAGAUUUGCAGGCAUUGACGACGACCUUAUAAAGCAGAACAGAAGACCAGGCAUGACUAAAGGACAGAUUGAAUUCAGCACAAAAACUCCCCAUUUGAUACUAACCCUGCUGCCCACUGACCGUCUGGAGAGUCCCACCAAGAAAAACCGCAAGAAGAGAUCAGCAGCAGACACAUCUAUAUGCUCACGGGCUGAUCAGGGCUGCUGUCUGAGGUCUCUGUAUAUUGAUUUUCGGCGGGAUUUGAACUGGAAGUGGAUCCAUGAACCAAAAGGAUACAAAGCAAAUUUCUGUGCGGGUAACUGUCCUUACCUAUGGAGCGCCGACAACCACUACAACAUGAUUCUCCCGCUGUAUAAUAAAAUGAAUCCAGAAGCAUCAGCAUCUCCGUGUUGUGUUCCUCAGGACCUGGAGCCCCUCACCAUCGUUUACUUCCUGGGCCGAACGCCACGUGUGGAACAGCUCUCCAACAUGGUGGUCCGGUCCUGCAAGUGCCGCUGAUGCAGUGGAGAGAGAAGACAUAGAGAUCUCAGACAGAGAACAGGAACCAGGUGGAUUAGAGGAGAGCAAGCUAACAUCUCAAUGGACGGCAUAGGGACAGUCCACCUAAAAAUGAAAAUCGUCAUCAUUUACCUACCCACAUGUUGUUCCAAAUUAGUAUGCAUUUCUUUCUUCUGACAAACACCAAAGAAAACAUUCUUAAGAUUGUAGGACCCCAUUGUGACACUAAGACAUUUCUCAAAAUAUUUUCUUUCACGGUCUACAGAAGAAAGAAGUGAGUUUUUAUGUUUGGGUGAAUUAUACCUACAAACUUGUGGGAUGAGGAAUAACGUAUAAUCAUACAUCAAGCAUCUUCAAUACAGGAGCGAUAACAGUCUCCUGCAUUGGUAAUAGUCUAAUAAAUAAGCUUUUUUGACUAAUAUCUCCUCGCAUUUUCAGUAUCGCAACAGUGACACACAAAAUAUACGCCCGCAGUGCAUCCUUUUUAGAUUUUGUAUGAAGUUUACUGUAGAUCGGUUUCUAUUUUUGCAAAUGUAAAUAGUAUUUGGUGAUGUUUAUAUGUGUUUAUGUGCUAAAUACAAUAAAUUUUGA